UGGUCUGUAUCUAAAAAAAACAAAGGUGAAAAGGAGGCCAACAGGUGCAUAUCUAUAAACGAGGUUUCAUUCUGUAUUUGAAUCACGAAACAUGUUUUGGUGAGCGAAGAUGUACUGAAGAAGUGUCAACCGGUAAUAAAUUUGCAGCUGCUUACUGGCGGGUCGUUGGCAAUCGAAUCUCAAACAUUUCGUGUAUGAAUCUUAGUCUCAUUUCGAAGCCAUUUGUUUUUAGGGUUGUCAGUUUGGACACCUCAACAUCACGCGAAAAUUCACCGAACCAAACAUUAAAGUACCUGCAAAAAAUCAAAAAAAAGCCACAGAAUCUGUCAAAGUCCGUUCCCAGCGUAGAAGGCUUGCUAUCUUUUGCAAGAGAUUCAUUUGAUUUAUUAAGCCGCUCAAGCUAUUCACAGAAGCAGCAAGUUUUCAGGACUUGGUUUAGUCACUGGUGAAUGAAGGAAGUCCAGCCAAACAUUGUAUAAUUUAGGUGGAGACAGCCAUCAAUCAACCUUGGCUCGUGCCACUGGCCAAUAAUUUUAUCACCAACCAGUUUAUUGUUGUUGUUUUGAAAAGAUUCAAAAAUGUCUUUAAGGUGUUGCAUUUGCAGUUGGAAUGUAAAUAUUUUACCACCAAACAAAGAUGACAAUCUUUUCCCAUGGCUAAAUCUAUAUGAAGAUGAAGAACCAGCUGACAUUUAUGCCAUUGGGUUGCAAGAAGUUCCUUAUGAUCCUCAGUCCCUACUUUUGGAUUAUUAUGUAAGAAUUGAUCCAUGGACCCAAAGACUUCUUGCUUUUCUUAGAUGUCAUGGAAUUGUAAUGAUCGAGAAAAUUCGUAUGAUUGGCAUGUUGUUGAUUAUUGCCGUCAACUCAAAGCACCUGCCUUUCAUACGAAAUAGGAGAACAAGUUUUGUAAGAACAGCAUUAUGGGGCUUGUUGGGUUCCAAAGGCGGUGUAGCUGUUAGAGUAGAUUUAUAUGGUGAAAGUUUUUGCUUUGUCAAUGCACACCUGACUGCAGGUGAUGAAUAUGCAGAUUAUAGAAAUCAGGAAUACAACAGCAUUAUCAAAAGAAUUUAUUUUCCUGACUGUGGCACACCGCGAGUGCUUGAUCAUCGAUUUGUUUUCUUUUUUGGUGACUUAAACUACCGAAUCGAUGAACUGGAUAUCGAUGUGGUCAAAGAUUACGUCAAAGAAAGCCAAGUACCAGUCUUGCUAAGCUAUGACCAGCUUGUUAAAAGCAAGAAGGCUGGCAAAUGCUUUGAAGGUUUUGAAGAAGGAACCAUAAGUUUCUCGCCGACUUACAAGUACGAUUUAGGGACAAAUAACUUUGAUACGAGAAAAUGGGUUGGCUACUUUUUUCGCAGCGAAAAGUUAAGGAAACCUGCCUGGUGUGACAGAGUUCUUUGGAAAGAGAAGCCAGCUGGGGAUCCUUGUGUACAACUCUACUCAUAUACGUCUUUAGAUUCAUACACUAGUUCAGAUCACAAGCCUGUUAGAGCGGAAUUCUCGAUCAAACUUGAGGCCGUGGAAACAGCAGAACCAGUAUUAAAGUUUACAUUAGAUUCAGAGCACGAGCCAUGGACUACUGAAGAGGAUGCUGUCUGUAUUUUCCAUGUAAAGGAUUACGAAACUUCAAGCUGGGACUGGAUUGGCCUGUUCAGGACGGAUUUUGCCCAUUCAACUGACUACUAUACAUACGAAUGGUCGUUGUCUGGAGCAGAUGUAACUGGAAAUGAUGGCUGUAUGAUUCUUUUCGAUGACGUUCCAGAAGACCAUGGCACUUAUCAACUGGCCUAUUUCAGCAGAAAACUUAAUGCUUUUCUUGGCGUGAGCCGUCCUUUUGAGAUCGCCUUCCAACCGGAUGACCUUAACGAAGCUUCAAUGGAGGUACCACCACCUCAAGAUGUUGCGCAACAGGUCUGAGAUUACACAGCAGAAAUUAUACAAAAUGAAGAAGUUUCUAAACGUCGCAAGUGUUUGAAGGACUUUUCCAUUUAAAUUGUUAUUACUUCUAUAUUUUAUUCUUAUUGUUCCUAUGUACCUAACCACGCAUCUCAGAAUUAUUUAUCAAAAUAUCUCUUAUUAUUUUUUUUUCUUAAUUAAAUACUGUGGUUUUUAAAAUUUUAGCGAGUCUAUGAUUUGUUUAUUAUAGGAAGGUGUUCAUGAGCAAAUUAAAAUAUUGUACUUAACAUAUUGCCCAGGGAUAAUAUUUGAUAGAUAAGCCAGGGUGAUUGGUUUUGACAAUUUAAUUUUUAGCCUAUAAAGCUAUUCUCGUUAAAACGAUAUUUAUACGUCCAGAUAUUAAUUUAUUCGGGAGAAAACUAGGGGGUUAGGGAGGAAACUUUAACACAACUUAUUUGCCCCCUGCCUUGUAACCAGAGAUCAAUCGACGACUUUUACGUAACAACUGAAUAGCAUAGGUGUAUCUGACAGUAGAAUUCAAUGUGUACAGGAACCAUGUGCCAUGAAUCUAAAUAUCAAUGUGUGCGGCGUUUAUUUCAGUGAAGCUUUCAUUUUCACUUUUAUGGGGAAAGGCGUUGAUUGGAAGUCAGGCGUUUCCUAAAAGAAAUACCAUUUUACUUUUAUUCUUUUGUGUAUAAAUUUUUAUUGAUCGAUGUCUUAAAAAGAAACGCUUUGCUCAAAUCUGAGUUGCUAUUAGAAGACUGGAAGAGACUUGAACACAGACGUAUUCUACAGCUACCAACAUUGAACAAGAUAGAAAUAUCUUUUCUUAUAAGUUUUAUUCAUGUUCCACUUAGUUUUUCUGGAGAUAAUUUUGUGGUAUAUAACUCUAAUCUGAACCUAGACACGUGACAAACUAAACUUAUAUAAAAUAUUUUGAAAUAUUGUAUUGUUGUAAGGAAACAACUGCAGAAAAUAUUAGCGUCUACUACUUCAUCUCUGAUCUUUUACCAUUUAUUUGGAAAAAGAUUGUGAUUUACUCGAAUAAACGAGUCUUUUCUAGUUUGACAAUGCAAAAAUACAUCUUAAACUUUGAAACAGUCUUAAGUGAAUUAGCAUUGUUGGAUUUUAUCCAUUGACAGGACCAAAUUCUCAAAUUUGCUUGAAACAAACCCCCCCCCAGGCAACGGUGCCUUCGCCAGAGGGCAGUGGGAGCAGUGGCCCCCAUUGCCCUUGUAAAAUUGAUCACUUUUUUCGUUUUAUAAUUGCUUUGCCUUUUUUCUUUGUUCUUUAAUUGUUUUGUGCUUUGCCCCCGUUGCCCUCUUCGAGUGCAGGCUUCCCUGCCCCAGGCCAUCCUUGUUUUUUCUUGAGAAUAUGGCAAUUUGACACGAGUGAACAUGACAAUGUGAAUUAUGAAAUAUUUACAAAUGUGUUUUCAGUUAUCGCUAUUAACGUGUUUUUUCUAAAUGAAAAAAUAUAAAGUCUAAACGACAAUCUUUGUAGAUUUUUACUCAAAUUAUUGAAUUAUUAUUUAAUUAGAUUAAAUUAUUGUUGCUACUUCAAUGGCAGCCUCGGAAGUCCUUGUAUUGAAAACUAUCGAGGCUGCAGGAGUUCUAAGUUCCUUGUUGAUUUUUUUGCAAUCGUUUUAAGUAUUGAUGUAUUGUUCUGAUAAGCGUCAAAGUUGCGGUUCCUUAGGGGGUCAGGCUCCUGAAAAGAAAAUUCACCAGCAGAACAGUUUCAUUUCUAUUUCACAUACCAUCAGGGGAUUUUAUCGACCAAUAUCUAGCAAAAUUAGGGGCUGCAGCCCCCGCGCUCUUUUAAAUGAAAGCAUUCAUCCCUGCUGCGCUGCAAUGCUUACGAGCCUCGUAUUGAAAGGGCGGGAAAAUCAGAAUAUGGUCAAUUUGUCGGGUUUUGAUCAGCCCAUGCCUGGUAAUCCGACAUAAGAGGCACAAAAUACUCACUCUGGAGAAGGUGACUGGUGUAGGAUCAAGGAGAGAAAAAGUUAAUAUUGGAUGAGACAGCCAUCGUGAACAUAGACGCAAAUUUGAAGAACAGCAAUAAAGAAUGAUAAAUUUUUAGAUAAACAGUACGAAACGAAGUAACGCCGGCAAAAUACUCAAUAAUUUAUUCGAGAUGCUUCAGGUUAGUUCUUUCUCUUAAACAAAUAGUUAGAUAACAUACUUUUUUCUUUGUUUACUUUUUUACUAAUCCAACGGAGAGUAGGAUUGAAAAGUGGGCUCCAGGGACUACGUCUUCAAAUUUUUAUAAAAGCGUCCCCUUAUGAACCUUUUUAUUGCUAUACUCUUCUAACAAGAAUGUAUGUUGUCGAAAGGCUUUAUGAUAAAAAAGUAUGAAAUAUGACAAAAGGUUACGUAAAAUAUUAGGUUGGUGUUUCUUGAAAAAAAAAUUAAUAUCGCUUGCCCUCUCUCUAUACCGCUUUAGACGCCCCUUUGUGCCUACUAUUAAGAAUAAUUCAACAAAGUUCUAUUUCGCUACGCAGACGAGCACUGUUGCCGACCUAUCAGCAAAUUCGAUAGGAAAACGAUUCAGGCAGACACUGAACUUCUCAAAUGAAAAGAAAACGAUAAAAACAAGAGGCAGCAGAAUAGGCCCGGCAAUCAUCAACAUUUAUCAUUUCACAUUUAUCAUUUGAUCUGAAUGAUGAUGAAGUAGAGCAUAAGGUGGCCUUGGCAAGAAAGACUUAACAUAUUUUUUCUAUUUAUUUGGCCUUAACAAUUGCGUCUUAAAUACUUUUUAUUUAUGUGGCCUUGGCAAGUACUUCUUAAAAUAUUUUUUUUAUUUAUGUGGCCUUGGCAAGUACUUCUUAAAAAAAUUUUUUAUUUAUGUAAGUAAAUUGAUCUUUAUAUUGUGUGACAGUCAUCUGUUAAACCGGUACUAUAAAAAGAUGCUAAAUCCAAUAUUAUUCAAUAUUCAAUUCUCUUAUCACACAACUUUAAUGUCUUCGUCUUGAUUUUCCCAGUCCAGUCUCCACUCGUCUGAGCCAAACUGGGUAGUGUUCAUGUUCCAGCCAUGACGUUUAAGACCAGAAUAAAAAUCAGGGAAUAAUCUAGAAGUGAUGUUUUGUGCCAUUGCCACUAGUUCCCAACUGAUCUCUGGGUCAUGCACAUUACCUAGGCGAAAAAAAUUAGAAUAAAAUAUAAGAGAUUAAAUCUUUGUAACGUUCCCAGACAUGAAACAUAUAUGUACAGCGCCAAUAUCCAGGAUGGCUUACGCAUAGAAAUAAUGUAUUCUUAGGUGCAAAAUAAACACCCCUGUCGCUUUUUCGGCUGAUAUCAUCCCUUUUAACGAUUUAAGUCUACAUAUAAAGCAAGUUAUUCUCGAAAACCUCAAUUACACCUUUUGUGUACCUCUGCCUGAAAUUUGCCAAACAAUUUCCUAAUGAAGAAUAUUUUGUCAGCGCAAUUCAUUAUCAACGCUUAUUUCGACCACCCAUUGAUCAAAUUUCAUAAAAAUUCCCAGCCCUAUUUAUUCUGUCUAUGCAUCCUAUUUAUAAUCAAUCCUGAAUUUCAAGGAAAUCCUUUAUCCGUCAUUUUUCCAACUGUGGAAUAAAAUAGUUACUCGUUGAGCAUAUGCCCCCAUUCAGGUAUGCCAAUUACUUGCCAAGUUUUCUAAAAAAAGAGCCAAUUACUUGCAAUUUUUUUCUUAAACCUAUAGUCUUGUUUGAGUGCAUGAAACUGCUAGCAAAAUAGAUAGAAGUUCCAGCAUAUAUUAAAGACAUCAAGCUGCUGUGUUCAUAGAUGUAGCAUUGGGGAGGCACGGGGGGGCAUGUGCCCCUAUCUUCUCAGAAAUAAAGGCAAAGUACCUAUUUUCAAACAUAUCCCCCACUUUUGAAAUGCUUCCUUCGUCUAUGGUUGUAUUUGUUGAAGUUGACAAUUAAAAUUUUCUAGUCACCUGAGUCCCAUCUUGAGCAGAGCAAUGAUACUGCUUGACGAGUUGCUUUGUCUUGAAAGAUUUCCUGGAAGUUGAAUUCAUCGAAUUCUAAGUAUCAGAUACGUACAGCAAAAUAUAUUUAAAGCCACUUUUCAAGCUUCCACAUGAUUUUGACCACACAAUAUGAAUCUUAAAACAAACUUUUUGUGCAUUGCUUGGAAACCUUAGAAAUCGGUAGGUGUUCAGGGUUAAAAUCAAAACUUUUUAAUUUCUCAUUGGCAGUUCGUUGAAUAACUAUGAAAAUGAUUCCCUUCAUUUCUGUAUUUCAAUAGGAAAUUUAUAACUGUCUAAAAGCUGGAAGAAAACUUUGAUUUGAAAUUAUGUGAGGAUGGAAACGUAAGAGAUAGCCCUAGCAUUUUUCAGCUUGAUCUCCUCUAGAACAUUGUUUUCAGUUGAGAGUGUAAAAAAGUUAAUGAUGAUAUAAAACCUUUUCAAUUUCUUAAAGCUGAAGAUUCUCCAUUAUAAUAUGUCUCAAAAACUGAUUAUUUUGACAGUACAUUGGAUUUGAGCAAAUUUCAGGAAUAUACAAACGUACUGGCUUUAAUGUUCUUUGGAACAAAGCAUCCAGCACAAAGGCCACAAAGCAGCAUUCCGCAAGAUCUUUGUGCGUAAUAUCUUUGUGGAGCGCAAUUUUUACCAUUCCUAUGAGGUGAAAGAAAAUAAAGUGACAGAUAUUAUAAAAUGGAGGGAAUAAAAGGCCCAGAGGCAAAUAGGCAAAAAAUUAUGUUUAUUUUUCAUUAAAUGAAUUUCUUAUCUGAAAUCUGACUUAUCAAAUAGACAAUUAAAUCGAUCAAGCGCAGCAGAAUCUUUUUGCACAUCAUGAAGCACCAAUUUGAUUACAUUUAUCUUAAAUAGAAGCAAUGAUUCCGUUAUAAAAUUGAAUCAACUAUAAUGUUUUAUAUAGUUUCCUUCAAAAGAAAUACAGUACUUAGACAUAGGUAUAGAAUUUUACAAACAAUCUUUUCGUGGUACAGAAACCAUGUUUAGAAUUUUCUAAUCAUUCCAAACGAUUGCAAAGAAAAAUUGACGAGAUACUGUUUUGUGAUAAUGUUUAUCUGUAAUUCUACUAAAAUAAAAAUAUGAACAUUAAUCAAAGUACCUUACCUUUUUUAUUUUUACUUUCUAAAUCGAGUCGCAAAAUGUAUUUUGCAUCAAAUGUGUUUGUGAUAGAAUUUUUGAAUUCAUUGGAACUGAAAACGACAACAAAACUCUAAUAAGUACUGAAUGCGUAUAAAAUGAAUAAAAAACUGCGCAUUGGCAUUGAACGUAUCAUAAAUAAUAACGAGAGUUAAUAAAAAACUUCCUAUCUAAUACAAAAAUCGUAGAUUGGGAAAAGGGCGUUGGAUUAUUCGGGUUGCUUGUAAAACCAAAAGGUUUCUAAUUUGUAUUCUAAGUUUCAUGCUUUAUGCAGUCAGGUAUAUUUGGCAACCAUAAGAAAUCUCGCCAUAAAAUUGAUAAUAAUUUAAUUGCACUUUGGCUUUAAACUAGUGCUGUCUAUGCUAAAUUGGAUCAAUAAUGAGUACAUCCACUUUUGUUUCAGCACAUAUUUUCUCUAAUAGCUGUUCCAAAAUGAGUGAAAUUUCUGAUAUCUGAACUACAGAUAUGCAGCAUUGCACCAGAAAGUUAAAACAUAACAAGUUGAAUUGAAAAGUCAUAAAGUAAUGCAGCUUACCUUUUAACUACCUGUGAAAGUUUACACCCAAGUUUCAUUGUUAUUCGAUAACCAGGAGCUAAAACAAACAAUUACCGCAAGUUUAAAAGGAAUUUUGUGACAUUUCUUGUAUCAAACAUUCUAAAAGCAUUAUGAGAAAUGUGAAUUUCCAUAUGCAAAAAAGAAAACCGGAGGCCCUUUGAAAGUAAGCAGCACACACACACACACACACACACACACACACACACAUUAUCAUAUAUGGAUGCGCAAAAGUUUGGUUUUUGUUUCGGUUUCAUCUUUAGAAUUCAAUGUACAGCUAGGUAAACAAUUCAUUGAAAAGGCACCAAAUCGUCAUUAAAUGGAGAAUACUUUUUCGUAACAUUUCAAAACAUUGCCAGUCAACUUAUGUUAACUAACUGAUUCUUGUUUAUCGCAGCGCAGUCACUCAGAAUGGUAACAACAUGAGAAUAGAAAACCGCUCACCUCUGAUUACUGGAUCUUUUCUACCCACAUCUCUUGGACUUGAUGCUGUGUUAAUGAAGCCCUGGUUGCACCACCUGCUACACCAACUAUGGACUACAAAGAGGUAACAGUGUAGAAAAAGUUCCUCCUUCAGAAUUUAAAGUUUGCAUGUUCAGAGUUUGCAGGUUAUUGCGUAUUUGAAAUUGUAACUACUUAACUGUUCAUAGCUUUAUUUAUCUAUAACAGAUAUUUUGUAAUUAAUAACCUUGUCAUAAUGGCCAGCUCUUUAGUCACUCUUUGAAACUACAAAUAGAAGGCACUAAUAAAUGGAUACACACCUUAGCAAUUCCUGAUAGACAUGCUAUAAAUGUGAAAUAUCCCUUGAAUAAAGGUGAAACUAGAUCCAGCAAAAUUGACAUGUCAUUCAAAAUAUCUGCAAACAACCUUUAAAAGAAAAGAAAAUUGAAGGGUUAGCCAUAGUAUUAUGAUAUUUUUGUUAGAGAUAUAGUCAAAUACUUAGAACCUUUAAUAAAUGUUGCUUAAUUGAUUUAUGGCAGAAGCAAUUGCUUUAUGCAAUGGAAAACAUUUUGUAAAUAACAUUAAUUAUGCAUUGUCAGUACUAGGGAAGACAGAAGCAUGUCAAAGUUGAGGAUAACCAGGAUGAAAGGCACUUUGUAACCUGAGGAGUGUGGAUUAUGCCUCCAAAAGAGUGGCACUUUUCCAAAAGUUCUAAGAAAGGGACACAUAAUUUUUGGGAAAUUAAUUAAUUCUGGAUACAAUGAUAACAGCCCAUUAUCAAUAAAAAUGCAAAAAUUCUUUACAAACUAUAUCUAUUUAUUGCAAAAAAUACAAAAUAGCUAAACUGACAAAAAAGAGAAAACACAAACCUCCAUCUUUUUGCAUCACAGUCUAGUUGUGUCCUGAAAUUAAUUUAGUUUUUUAAUCGACUAAUUUUGAUAAUAUCUUUAAAAUGAUGCAUAAAAUUCUAAAAAAGAUGUAAAAUUAACAUCUAAAUUUUCCAAAAGAGUUGAAAAUUUUAGAUCACCCUUUGCUCCAUGCAAAAAGAAUCCUUCCUAGCAUCCCAGUUCCAUCUAAAACAGAAAAUAUCAAUUUGAAAAAAAAAACAGAUUUUAAACAGAAUAAUAAACUACUUUUAUCUUUGAUGUUUCUUUGUGGCCUGUAUGGAAAUUAUCAUAUU